UCGCGACGCCGAACGCCGCCCGGGCGACGUCUCGUUUGAUAACAACACCCUCACUGGAAUGUACGAGAUUAGUUAGAUGUCGAUGACGAAUUAUCAGUGAUGUCACUAGUAAAGUGUUGCUUCGAAUCUGAUGCGCCUGAUCUAUUUGAACCCGUCAUACAGAAGUGCACCGAUCCUGGAUGCUGCUGUUGGUGUUGUUCGGCUUUACGCCCAAGAUACAAGAGACUUGUGGAUAACAUAUUUCCAGUCAAUCCUCAGGAUGGCUUGGUCAAAAACAAUAUGGAAAAGCUGACAUUCUAUUCCCUCAGCAGUCCUGAGAAAUUGGAUAGAAUAGGGGAAUAUUUAUUUCAGCGCGCUUCCAGAGAUAUUUACCGACGGCGCAAUGGAUUUGUCGUCAUUGCUAUGGAAGCGAUGGAUCAACUCCUGGUUGCCUGUCAUGCCCAGACUCUCAACUUAUUUGUGGAAAGUUUUUUGAAAAUGGUACAGAAGUUACUAGAGUCAUCGGAACCUCAAUUACAAAUCAUGGCAACCCAAUCUUUUGUCAGGUUUGCCAACAUCGAAGAGGACACGCCGUCUUAUCACACACGUUACGAUUUCUUUGUAUCAAAGUUCUCUGCAAUGUGCCACUCCAACCACGACGACUUGGCAAUUCGCAAACAAAUACGCCUCGCCGGGAUACAGGGGCUACAGGGCGUAGUGAGAAAAACCUUAUCAGAUGAUUUAGUUGAAAAUAUUUGGGAACCAGUACAUAUGGAUAAGAUUGUUCCAUCGCUUUUGUAUAAUAUGCAAAAUUCUAGAUAUUCCGAAAAAGAAGAUGCUACUCCAGAAAGCCCAACUGAAGAGAGAUCGGAUCCACCACAGUUUGCAGAGAGCUGUAUGCGUGAAUUAGUUGGGCGUGCUUCAUUUGGGCACAUACGCUGUGUGAUUAGACCUGUUUUGAGGCAUCUAGAUUUGCAUACACUUUGGGUUCCCAAUUAUUUUGCAAUUCACACUUUCCGCAUCAUCAUGUUUUCUAUCCAGUCACAAUAUUCUUAUACCGUGGUUGAAGCAUUAAUGACGCACCUUGACGAUAAUUCAAAAUCCACUCCACAAAUACGAACGAGUAUUGCUGAUACUUUAUCAAAAAUCAUAGCUAUUGCCGCUGGCGAAAGCGUCGGUCCAUCUGUGUUGGAAAUCAUAAAUUCCCUUUUAUCCCAUCUUCGUGUAAGUGUGACUAGAAAUUUGCCAUCCAGCAGCGAUGAACAGCUUUACCAAGAAGCGCUUAUCAACGCUUUGGGUGAAUUCGCAAAUCAUCUCCCUGAUUACCAAAAGAUCGAAAUUAUGAUGUUCAUUAUGAGCAAAGUACCAUACAGCGAACCAGACAGUACCGCUUCAGUUGGAAAGGGGGACGUUUUACUUCAGAGCAUUCUACUGAAAUCACUGCUCAAAGUUGGAACAAAAUACCAAACAAUUCAUUUGAAUACGACGUUCCCCAUAAGCUUCUUAGAACCACUACUCCGCAUGUCACUAGCGCCAGAUCCAGAGAUGAGAUUGUUGGUUCAAAAAAUUUUACAUACUCUAAUCGAUAGACAUCGUAACAUUGACAAACUAGCUACUCCGACUGUGAAUGUCGCAGAUCUGGAGCUGGUUGUCGAAAAAUCAUCUCGACCUGAUGUUAUCUUUGUCCGAAAGCAUGGACCAGAAAUUUAUCUAGCUCUUUACGAAUCCUUGGAACUGCCGAGUAAUACUGUGGAAAAUAUUGGAGCUGUAUACACCACACUUGCAUUGCUAGCUGUUGAGCUUGCGUCGGAAGAAACAGUCUUGGAAUUGCUACGGCUUGUGUUAAGCUUACAAGACCUAGCUCUCACUAGUGGGCAAAUCAGUAAUUCUCUGAAAUUCAAUCUACACUCCAUUGUCAUAAGCCUCUUGGUAUUAAUUUCUCAUGUCUGCAACAUAACUUCGCUCAUGGAUUACGCAAAUAAGGUUGUUGAAGCACGUGAUAAAGAGGCUUCACAUCUUUUACCUGAGUUGAAGUCCCGAUACGAUGGUGAAACUCAACUUCCAACGCGUUUACAGUCAUCAGUUAUCGUAGAUCAAACUAUCGUCAGCGAAUGUUUGAAAGCAGCUGGAUUAGAUACUGGAAAAUUACAACAAGGCUCAGGUUACAGCAGUAGUUCUCUUCAGCAUAGACAUUCAUGGGUCGACAGUGCUGGUCGAAGUUCAAUGGCUGACAUUAAUGCCGGUGGAGCAGAAUUAGAUAGCGCAGGAUCAUCACCUGGUGUACAGAAAAAAUUGCCUGGUGAAGAAUUGACGUUUGAAAGUAUGAAGAGAAUUCUUACUGAAAGUGGAGAGACCCGUAGAGAAGCUGAAGAAGAGAGGCGCUUACAACUUUCCGAGCUUUUCAGAACUGCGCCAUUCCAAGAUCUAGUUGUAAAGACACAACCAAAGCAUGAUAUGCUUCAGAACAAGUUAUCGGAAAUAUUCAACACGCUUACAGUCGAGCCACGCAAUCCGAUCCAACCUGGUAUUCCGCCAGCUGAUGCAAAACCAAGUCAAACGCCAGCGUAUGAAGUUCACUUUCCCGAGUUAUUUGUUUACUAAAUUAUUAUCGCUAUCUUUGGAAAAGUUGUUAUUGUUAAUUGUUUCAAAAAAGCGACAUGUAUUAAUUUUUUUUAAAGCAAUUUCUCCGUUUGUGAUUAUAAAUAGUUACUAAUAAUUUAUGUAUGUUUUUGAUGAUAUGAAAGUAGGGCACCAACAUUUUUCACAUUGUACUAAUUUAACUAUUCAAUCAUUUCUGUUUAGUUAACUUCUGUCAUAUUUACUCGUAUCAUAAAUACUGACUCUCAUUUCUUCUCUUCAUUUGACAGAACAAGUAUGUUACGUAUUUUAAACUUUUUUUUUUGAUUGGAGCAGCGGUGUUUUGUUACUUAGUUUUAAUAUCAUGACCUAGUAUUGAAAAAAAUGAAGUUCAACACUCAUAAAUGAUAGGACAUCAUGAUUUAUCUAUUAUUUGUUGUUUGUGAUUAUUUUAAAGAGACCUAAGCUCUGUAUCCGUGGCAAAUUCAAAGUUUUUGAUAUUCUUACACGAUACACCUUUUACACCUAAUUAGUUUUUCCGCCUUAAGAUCGCGAAAUUAACUCAUAACUAUUGGAAUGUGAUCAAGUUCCAAGCUUCCAAAUAUAUAUGUAUAAGUAUGUUCGUAGUCAUGUGGUUUGUAAAAACUGGUAAAAACACUAUGAUUCGAAGGUAGUUUGAAACAGUAGGCUAUUUCUUGCAGUUACAUGUUUCUGGUAUUGUGAUAAUAAGCUAGAGCGAUCCAAUCGUGACCUAGUUGAUUCUUGGCAAAAGAAUGUUAUUACCGAUACAAGAUAUUACGUUUUUGAAUAAAAUUUAUUAAUAAUUGUU